AUGGCAAAGAAAAGGAAAAAGAGCAUCAGUCCUCCAAAGAAAGCUGCUGUUAGCAGCAAUCCUUUGUAUGAAAAACAGCAAGCUUUUCUGAAUUCAUUGUCUGAAAGAGAACGAAAUGAGCUCUUUCAUCCUGAAAUUGAAGCGGACCGCCGAGCCAAGCUUUGGAUGGAUCAAGCCGAUCUUGGGGAAGCAUUAGUGAAUCAAUACGCAUGGGCCACACCUAGUCCGCAUGCCUUGAAGAUCCUGAAGGAAUUCUCUCCCAUUGUCGAAGUUGGGUGCGGUGCGAACGCCUACUGGGCUUCUUGUAUGAAAGAGGGAGGCAUUGAUGUCAUUGCUUACGACAUGCAGAUAGACACGGGUGGCAAAAUCAAAGCCAAUAAGAGUGGCAAGAAUGGCAAGGACAAGAGUGGUCGUAAUGCUUCCGAUUCGUUGGUAAAACAAGGUGGACCUGUGUCCUUGAAGAAUCACAAGAAUCGAGCACUAUUCUUGUGUUAUCCCGACGAAGAUGGAGAAGGAAUGGGGGCGCAAUGCUUGGAGCACUAUACUGGAACCCACGUGAUUCAUGUUGGUGAGACCAUACUGGACGCCACUCUCAGCAUGGAUCAGGCUCCAUGGGGAAGGUCCUCUUCCUCCGAGUUUCAGGCCCGACUGGCAGGGGAAUAUCAUUGCAUCCUAAAGGUAGAACUUCCCAGUUGGUUGCAUGUUCGAGACUCCAUUUCGGUUUGGAAACGAUCCGAGACGUCCACCAUUGUCUUUGCGGCUGACAGCGAGGACGACGAUGAAGAGGACGAAGAAAUUGAGUACCGACACAUUCCUUGUAGUGAACGGCUACCUAUCAAUGUCGCAGCACCAUGUUGUGCCCAUCUCUUGCUUCCGUCAUCAACAGCGACGACUGCUGUACCCACAACUGUUGCUGCAAACGAUGCACCAGCAGAGACCAAGCAACGAAAUCGAUCCAGUAGCUCGGAUGGCACCAAAACGAAAAACGGCGAGGACCACAAGAUGAAAACAGCUGAAACAGAACGUAAAGAAGCACCACCAAAAAAUUCUGCUAGAGCUCGAUCGGAAAGCCACGAUUCCUCGAGCUCCUCCAAACAAAAGAGCAAGAAGCGAUCGAGAUCGGACAGUACCGACUCAAAGCGGUCUCGAUCCGAUAGCGUCGAUUCCCAGAAGAAGCGCAAGCGAUCCAAUAGUUCCGACUCUACCUCCAUAAAGGGACGGGAACGUUCGGACAGCACGGACUCGGCCAAGAAGCGUCGCAAGCUGGAAAAGGAACAUCAAAAGAAGAUUGAUGAUCUAUUUGCUGGUGGAUACGACCUGGAACCAGCAACACCUCCUAGGAAACGAUCCAAGGUGGCUUACAAAUCUCCGUGGUAA